AUUACACGUACAUUAUUUUUACGUGCGCUAUGCUAUCGCCGUUAUCGGUUAUUUCGAUUUGUUUUACGUAGAAGCACAUAGAAGUAUUGCGAGUGCUAUUUAUAAAAUAAUAUGAAAUAUCUUAUCUUAUAAGCUGUAGCGUCGACGCCGUUGUCAAUCGUCAUUGUUGACUGUACAGCUGCAGUUCAUAGAACAUUACACACACAUAUAAUCGGAUAAUCCACAUAAAUAUCUACAUUUUGGCUCGUGUGCGUUUAAUUUUUAAUUCAAAAAAAAUUUGUCUUACAUGUUCUAACUAUCGACAAAAAUAUUGUCAUUUCAAAAUGUCAAAGCGUUCAUAUCCUAGUGGUGCUUCAAAGAGGCAGAGAGCAAUCGUAAAAGAAAUCAACGAAAAAAAAAUCAUAAAUUCUUUACCUAAGCUUACAGAUUUUUUUUCUUCUGUUCCUCCCAAAGAAGAAACUAAUUUAGUUUUACCAAUAUCCCAAGAAACGAUAACAAUUAACCAACAAUCACAAGUAUCUCAAAAUCCUACUUUAAGCCCUAAUAAAUAUUUCGUUGAUUCUCCAGAAACAGUUGAGGACAAUUCAUUAGUAUCAAAUGAUCCCGGAAAUUGGAAUACAUUAACUGAGGAAAAACGAAAUAUGUAUAUUAAAAAAGGUUCCAAAUUUUUUCAAAAUAAAGAUAGUGACUUUUCAAAUUCCACACGAAAUUAUACAGAAUCAAAUGGUAAAAUUAAAGUGAGACACUUAACCAAGUCAAUAUUCACUCGUCAACUAAAAAAUGGUGAAAAUGUCGAUAGAUCGUGGCUUUUAUAUUCUCCCUCGAAAAAAGCUUUGUUUUGUUUUGUAUGUCGUCUCUUUUCUUCUACAAAAACUGGAUUUAGUUGUGAACAAGGAUUUAAUGACUGGAAACAUGUUCAUACGGUUGUCUUGGAGCAUGAAAAUAGCUUAAUGCACAGAGAAUCUGUCAUGACUUUUUCUGUUAGGACCAAAAAUAAUGGUCGCAUAGAUCAAGAAAUAUCUUAUCAAAUAAACUUAGAAGUAAAUUAUUGGAAAGAAGUAUUAAAGAGAAUUGUUGCUGUAAUAAAAUUUUUGUCGUCACGAGGAAUUGCGUUUCGCGGAGAAAAUCAAAUAAUUGGAUCUCAACACAAUGGGAACUAUUUGGGCUGUUUAGAGUUAAUAAGCCAAUUUGAUCCAUUUCUUUUAGAACAUUUAAAUAAAUAUGGAAAUCAAGGCAAAGGAAAUCCUUCAUAUUUGUCAGCUAAUAUUUGUAAUGAAUUUAUUAACAUAAUGGGGAGACAAGUGCUAAAUGCAAUUCUUUCGGAAUUAAAAGUGGCUAAAUAUUAUUCAAUUAGUGUUGAUUCCACUCCUGAUCUUUCUCAUAUUGAUCAAAUGACAUUCAUUAUUCGGUAUGUUAAUGAUGAUACUCCAGUUGAACGUUUUUUGGAAUUUAUUCCUAUUGAUGAACAUGGAUCUGAGUAUUUAUUUAAAGUUAUUUUAUCUUUUCUUGAAAAAAAUCAGAUUAGUUUGAAUAACUGUCGUGGCCAGUCGUAUGACAAUGCUGCAAAUAUGUCAGGACAAUAUGCUGGUCUACAAGCUAGAAUAAAAGAAAAGUGUAAUUUUGCUAUUUUUAUUCCAUGUGCAGCUCAUUCUUUGAACUUGGUAGGGGUUCGUGCAGCAGAAUGUGUUAUGGAAGCAGUAAGUUAUUUUCAAUUUGUACAAAAAUUGUAUAAUUUUUUUUCGAGUUCUACCUAUCGUUGGAGUAUCAUGAAAAAGUGCCUAGGCUCACAUCAUGUUUUAAAGUCACUAUCAGAAACUAGAUGGUCUGCUCGAGCUGAUGCUGUUACUGCUUUGUGUAAUGGUUACAAGGAAAUUUUAGAUGCUCUAAAAACAAUUGAAAUAGAUGAUAAGACUUCACCAAAUGUUAAAAACGAAACCCAUGGCUUAAUUAAGAAAAUGAAAAAGUUGGAAAAUAUUGUUCUUACUGAAAUUUGGAGUAAAAUCUUAUCAAGAAUAAAUGAAACAAACAAAAAUUUACAAAAAGAAAACCUUACUAUUGACGUCGGUUCAAAAUUAUUUGAUUCUCUUGCUGGUUUUCUAAGUGAGAUUAGAGAUAACUUUUAUAGUUAUGAAAGUUCCGCUAGAGAAAAAUUUCCAGAUUCUGACUAUAAAGAUUUACACCAACGAACUAAGAAGAGGAGUAUUCAUUUAACAUUACCCGGUGAACUGACAAACAAAAGUACAUCGUUUUCAGGUAGUGAAAAAUUCAAAAUAGAAACUUACUUCCCAAUAAUAGAUACAUUAAUAACUCAGUUAAAAAUUCGUGCUAAAUCAUACAAUACAAUAAAUAAACUGUUUGGAUUUUUCUCUAAUUUAAAAAAUUUAGAGACAAAAGAAGUACAAGUCCAUUGCAAAACAUUUGCGGAAUUUUAUCACGUAGAUAUUAAUGAAAAUGAAUUAAUUUUAGAAUGUAUACACUUAAAAGCGUAUCUAUCGGAACUUGAUAUUUCUGAAUUCAGUAUUUCUAGUACAUACAAAUGUUUAAAAUCAAAUAGACUAGAAGAAACAUUUCCAAACAUAAUAAUAUCUUUCCGAAUUUUUUUAUCAAUGAUGAUUACCAACUGCAGUGGGGAACGUUCAUUUUCUAAGUUAAAUUUAAUUAAAGAAGAGCUUAGAAGUACAAUGAGCCAGAAACGGUUAAACUCCCUAUCUUUAAUGAGUAUUGAACAUGAACUACUAUCAAGUUUAGAUUAUGAAAAUGUUAUUGAAGACUUUGCGAAUGAAAAAGCUAGGAAGAAACCAUUAAAGAGUAUUUAAUAAUUGACAAAUUUAUAUCAUGUUUUUUUUUAAAUUAUAUUAGUUUUUGUUUAAUGAAUUACAUUUAUUUUUUAACUAUAAAACAUAUUGAUGUAUGAAUAAUUAAUAUCUUGACGUUAUAAUUAAUAGGAAAGUAUUUUUUGACCGUUUAUUUUGAAAGUAAAAUAAAGAAUAAAGUAACAGAGAUUUAAACAAAAAUUCACUUUUUACUUUUUUUAAGUGUAAUAUUUAAUAAAUAAUAUGCAUUAUGUGUUAAAAAAUUUAUAUACCAUAAUUUAGUAGGUAUUGUAAGGCCCCCGAAAUAUGUUGGGCCCGGGGCCCCGUAAAACCUUAAGACGGCCCUGC